ACGCAGCUCGCUGAAGUGUAUUGUGUAUCGCAGACACGCUUCAACUGCACUCAGUAGAGUUCCAAGACGUCGCUGGAUCUAUCGUAAUCGUUUCAUUUGCACCGGGAGAGAAAUAUUUUUUUUUUCAUCUGAUAUUUUUCUUCCUUAUUGGAAACAAAACUGGAGUAUAUAUAUUAUUGCAUUUUCGAUCGGAACACAAUAACACCUUGACCGAUUAAUUUAUGCAGGUUUCGGCACGAAAUCUCCGAAGAAUGUUUUCUAUGUUGUACAUUCAGAACAUUGGCCAAAUCAUGUAUCUUUACAGAUGCACAAUAGCGCAUAUUUAAAAUGGCAGUGCAUUAAUUUAAUAUUUACUGAUAAGAAUAUAACCCAUGCCUUUUUGCCUGGAUUUUUCCACACAACUCUGCAGGGUUUAAAUACCAUGUUGGUCUUUCGCCGGUUGCUUUCAAAGAAACAAGGCUCGGAGAAGACGGAUUUUACAAAGCCAAAUGUGAAUUUCAUUUGAGCACAACUCCGAUUGAACUGCUCUUGCCAAGUAGCCAACAAGUGCAUUCGACGACGUAGAUGACGCCCUCUAAGCCUGGGGCACAGGAUAUUCUCCAUGAGGGAUGGUACUGAAAUCCCGGCGGCAAGGGGCAGCUUUAUCGCUCCUAAAGAAUAACUUAUUCAUGGUUCGGUGGAACUCGAAAAAGGAGAUGACAAUUUCAUUGCUGUACUUCCUCAUCUGCACCUCGUGUCUGCCCUAUGCCACCGCUGAGGAAGUCCUUAUACCUCGGGAACUGAUCGAGCGACUGUCGAACAGCGAAAUUUACAGCAUCAGCGCCCUCCAGAGACUCCUGGAGAUAGACUCCGUAGAUAAUGAGGUCAUGGAGGAGACUAAACAGAGGUACCGUAAGGAACGUUCCCACAACCACGCCCACCCAAAGAGCUCCCAGAUCCACAGCAGACGCAAGAGAAGCGUCGAGGAGGCUGUUCCUGCAAGCUGUAAGAUACGGACGGUGAUCUACGAGAUCCCGCGCGGCCAGGUGGAUCCCACCUCCGCCAACUUCCUGAUAUGGCCGCCGUGCGUGGAGGUGAAACGCUGCACCGGCUGCUGCAACACUGGAAACCUGCGCUGCCACCCAGCAGGCACACAACAACGCACUGUGAAGGUGGCUAAGGUGGAGUAUGUCCGGAGGAGGCCCAGGUUAAAGGAGGUUCAGGUGGAGCUGGAGGACCACCUGGAGUGUGUGUGCACCUCACAUCUUCACCUGGCAGGACACAAAGAACCAGACACAGGGCCGGUGCGCAUUAGGUCUCCAGGAAAAAAGAGGAAACGUAAAAAGCUAAAGCUCACCAAGGAUUUAUUGGCCACAUAGUUAAAAUUUUAAAUAAUAAGGUCUGUGGGGCCUGUGAGCCAAUCAGGUGUCAGGUGAGUCCAAAAGAUCAGGCCCCCAGUCCACCUUCUCCCCGCCCCCCGAUGCCGGCCACCAUCCAUCCGACGUCUCAUUUUCUCGACGCGUCCUACUCAACUAACAGACGAUGACUGUAAUGCCAAAGGUGCUUCAUUAAAGUGUCCCUCAGUGACGUCUCGCCCCCUCAAGGCAUCAUCAAUCGAAUGCUGAUCGUGCCGCUCGGCGCAAGCUGGACCCUGUGCAGAAGUGACAGGGGAACGAGAACGUUUUAUUCUGCAAUGUUCAGACCUCAAAUGAAAAAAAAAAAUGGAUAAGCAUUUAUUUUGAAACUUUGGGGGAUGGAGGAAGCCAGAGUUGCCUUUGUAGCAGACAAAAAAAAAAACCCCAGAAAAACCUACAGAAUGACUGAGUGUGGCAUUGUAGAGGAAGAGAGGGAUGCUGGGUAAAACAUGAUUAGCAGACACUGCAAAUGUCGACGCUUCUGUCUCUCGCCAAAUGUGCACUGACUGGAUACCUGCAUGCGGACAUGAAGUUCCCAGAUAGUUUUCCUCUCCUUGUUGUGACAAACUUGGUCUCUCUUAGAUGAGGAAAUACACACUAUAUAUAUAUUUUUCUCUCUAUAAAAAGAAAUACCACAUUAUGUCCUUAUGUUUGUAACCUUCAUUUGUUGCGCAUUGGAUUGUAUCCUGGUACAUACAGACCGUAAUACAGGGCUCCUUAGCCCAGCCUUUUCUAUUAAUAAACUAUUUAUAUUUACCUAUGAUUGUGCUUAUCCUCUCCAAACAUGACAUCUUUUUAUGGGUGAGAACAUUGACAGCUGUGAUUGGGCAAGAUAUGUAAAUAACCAUAGUUCUGAUUGGUGGAGUUCUUUGAAUGCGAAGUCUUGUAAUUAGGUUUUCCUUAUAUAUAUAUAUAUAUAUAUAUAUAUAUAGUUUAGGCAGUAGGAUGUUACUGUGUCACAAUCGUGCAGUUGAAUAGGCUGCUUUUGAAUUAAUAAUUGAAUGAGUGGAUUAAUUAUUAAAUAGAGAAAUCCUUCAUGCUCCAGAGGGGACAGCCACCCUUGACAGUUGUUUGGAGAGAAUCCCAAGUAUCCAGCCUUGCACUAACAGCUCUUAACUGCAGUUAAUGGAGGUUGUCCAUUUGGUUAAUAAUAAACACAGUUUAAUUAGGCCACCCUAUUAUUAGAUUAUUAAUUUUUUUACAUUUUGAACAGUAUUUUGCUUAUAUGUUAUAUGGAAUUGGAAUUCAUAUAAAAAUAACUGUAACAGUUAUUACAUUGUGCAGAAUACCACUAUUUGGAAACCCUGACUUUCAUCUUAAUAAUAUAGUUGCAAAUAUUUAUUAGUGAUACUCAAUCAUAGAAACAUAUUUUUAAUGUUAAUGUUGUUAAUAUUUUAUUAAGCAUCAAUAAACAUUUUCGAAAGUA